AUGUAAUAUAGGUCAAACAAGCCUCCUUAAACAGUCAAGAAUCAAGUGGUGUCGUUCUUUCCAAAAUAAACCUUUUCUCCUGCAAAGUCACAUAUUGAACACUUUGUUUCUGAAAAUCCAACUCCACAUUAUAAAAAAUAAUCGCAACCAUACCCACCCAGAUAACCAUCAUUUAAUAUUUCAAGUGGAGAAAGCUUGGAACAUAAUCUCAAAAAAAAGCAGAAUUCAAACUUUAGUCAAGAAAAGAAGGCUCAAAAAUAAUUGUUUAAUAUUUUGUUUAAUAGUACUAAGCGUAAUGGAAGUUUUUGCAAAGAAAUGUACAUUUAUAUUAUAAUGAUAGGAAGAAGUAAACUAAAUAAAAUAAUCCAAUCCAAAAUUGGUACCUUCCGAAUAAGUAAAAGCUCUCCUAAACAAUGCAAAAAAAGUAAUCAAAAAUAAACAACAGCAUGGAGGGAUAAUAGACAGUGGAUAUGAGUUUUGAGAACCACCUCAUCAAAGGUCUUUAAGAACACAGUGGAUUCUAGAGCGAUACAACUAAACCUCUCGAUGAUUACAACCCUAGAGCUAUAAAAUUCUUGGAAAAGGGCAAAUAAUUAUUAAGAGAAAAGCAAAUUGAAGAAGCUAUUGAGUAUUCUACCUAUAUCAUUUUAGAUAAUUAAAAAAAUGCUUAGAAAGCGAUAUAAGAAUAUUAGAAGGACAUUACUUUUUAGGUAUCGGUUAUCUUGGUAAAUAACUCUAUUCAAAAGCAAUAACAGAAUUUCAAUAUGUAAUCUAAUAGGAUGCUGCACAUAGAAAGAAUAUUUAUUUAUUAUUAGCAAUUUCUCAUAAAAAAAUGAAUGAAAUAGACUCAGCAAUCUAAAUUCUGAAUAAAGUCAUCUUAAUGUUUCCAAGAUAUUAUGAUGCCUUUAUUUAUAGAGGCAAACUCUAUACCAAACUUAAUUAAAUUGAUAAAGCAGAAUAAGACUUCAAUAUGGCCAUUCAGUUAAGUCCUCAAAAAGGAUUAGGAUAUUUGGGCAAAGCUGAUUGUUUUAGAAUGCAGAGCUAAUAUAAGGAAGCCAUUAAAUGUUAUUAGAAGGCCAUAAAUUGUGAAUAAGCAGUGGGCAAUGCUGCUUUGCUGAAAAAAGCAAUUACUCUUUUUGAAAGUCAAGAAUACGAUGAAUGUGCAGUAGAUCUAAGUAAACUAUUAGAAACUGAUCCUACGAAUUCUGAAGCCUACUACUUUAAAGGACUUUGUAGAUUAAAAACAAGUAUUCAAUAUGAAUAUUCUAGAGAAUCCUACCGAAGCAUUAUUAUGUUUUGAAUAAGCAAUCAAACAUAAUAAUUCUAAAAAAGCUGUUACUAAGUCACUUUAUGAAAUUGCGAAAAUGAAGAUUGAAUAAAGAGACUUUUAUGCCGCAUUUCAUACAUUCAAUAGAUCGGCACUUUUAGAUACUGAUAAAACCUACUUAGAGAAAUUUCGACUAUUUACUGAAGUAAUAGACUUAUUGAUUAUAGGCUGUUAUUCAUUUGAUGAAAAGAAAAUUUCAGGAGAGUCUAAACAAUUUUCAAGAAAUUCAAAAUCAUCAUUAGCUAAAUGAUUUUCUUAAGCCUUUAUUCUAUGCUUAUAGAGCUUAUGGUCAUUUUUGUUUGUCCAAACAUCAAAAAGCUUUGGAGGAUUAUAAAUAUUUAUUGGAAAUUCAACCAGCUGAACCCAGUGUUCACUAUAAUAAAUUCUUAUGUGAGGGCAUCUUAAAAAUUUAAGCUGGGCAAUUCAAUUCUGGCAUGGAAUUCUUUCAAAAAGCAUAAAAGAUUUUCCAAAAGAAAAUGGAACCUUCCUUUUAUUAAGGAGCAACAUUGAUAAAUUAGGCCUUUAAAAAAAAAAGUGAUUAAUACAAAGAUAUAGUCAAAGGGUUAGAAUUAUUAGACAAGGCACAAAGUUUAAAUGACUAGAAUGCAAACAUCUAUUAUGUGAGAUCCAUUGUGAAAUGCUUUUUAGGAUAAACUAAUGAAGCUUUGGCAGAUAUUGAGUCAGCUAUUCAAAAAUCAGAAGACAAUGUUGCUAAAUAUUUUUAUUUUAGGGGAAUGGUGUAUGGAAUUCUUAAAUAAUAUCAUCAUUCAUUAAAUGAUUUUAGCAUCUGUUUAACAUUGGAUGAAACUCUUCCUGAUGCUUAUUUAAAUAGAGCUAAAUGUCAUUUUUUAAGUGGAGAUUCCAAUUCUGCCUUCCAGGAUUUAUAAUAAUGUAUUCAUAUAUUAUAAGAUGAUCCAAGAAUGCAUGUUUGGGCUGGCAAUUUUUUAUUUGCCAAUGCUGCCAUAGAAGAUGCAAUCAAAGCCUACUCCAACAAUAAAGAUUUCAAAAAUAACCCUAAGUUGUUGCAAUUAAGAUCGGAAUGCUACAUGGUUUUAAGUGAUUUGCGUAGUUGUUAAGAAGAUAUCAAUAGACUUCAUAAAUUGACUAAAGAUUAAACUGCAGAAUUUGAUAAGGAUAUAUUAUAAGCCUUGAGAUUAGUGUUUAAGGAUGAUCAAUAAAUAUAUUUUAAUGAAGAAAGCGAGAGUGAGCAACACGAAUUAAAAAAUAAUUUAAAUAGAGCUGUCAAUAGUCUAAAGUAAUUAACAAGAGGAAAAGGGAGGUUAUUUUAGUAAUUCCACGUGUUUAUAUUCAGAGGAGUGUUCUUGUUUCAUUUGGAGAAAUAUGAAGAGGCUUUGAAGGAUUUCUAAAUGGCAAAAAGUCAAAAGGAACUUUCAAUAACAGAAAAACGACUAAGAUAGAGAGGAAGCUAGACUGAUUUAUUUAGUGAUGAAGAAUUUUUUGAACUUACUGAAGACGAGGAAGAUGCAGAUCUAUUAGAAAUCUUAGAGAUCAAAUUUAAUGAAUUGAUUUGCUUAAUAAUUUUAAAAUAAUUUAAAAAAGCAAAAGAGAAAUGUAAAUAGCUGAUUGAAAACAUAAAUGAGGCAAAAUAGGAAGGUUUGUAAAUUCUCUUAAUGCACAUUGAAUAAAUUCUUCUAAAGGAUUAACAAUCCAUUGAUUACUAACGAGUGAUCUGCUUAUAUGAUGAACCUAAAGAAAAUAUUAUUUGUUUCUAGGUUCCUAUAGUAUAUGUUGAUGGAUUUAAAAUUAGAUUAUCGUUUAGCUUGCCCAAAUUGUCUCCUCCAUCAUUAUCAAUAGUAUUUGAUAAAUAGUUAAUUUAAAAUAUCGGGGUAAUUAAUUAAUAUCCUAUUUUUAGCCUUUGUCUGUUGAAAAUAAACCUGAAGCUCCAUGGAUCAGAAGAGAACAAUAAGAUGAUAUGAUUAUAUUUACUGAUAAUGUUCAAAUAGUUGAUGAUAUAAGAUUGGAAACUGAAAUAGAAGAUGAUGGUAAAACUUAAGCAUAAUCCUAAAUGGUUGAAAUUACUCAAAUAAAAAAUAAUUUAAUGUUGGAUAAGGAUAUCGAAGAAAAGUUGUAACGAUUUUUUUAAAACAAAAAACAAAAAUGA